AUUAUAGAACUUGUUUCCUUGGUAAUGUAAGUACUUGAUAUUGAUCAAUCAUGGAGGAUGCACAAAGCAUCUAAUGGUCAAAGAAGGAGAGUGUAGAUUUGUAUGGUCUUCUCAAGCCAUUUAAGUUGACCUUGAUGUACUAGCAAUGGAUGACCUUUUGAGGUUUCUAAGGAAGGAGUGCGAACAGCGAGGUGCCACAAUCAUCUAUGUAACUCAUAUAUUUGAUUGUCUAGAGAACUGGCCAUCGCAUGUUGUUUACGUGGCUCAUGGAAAGUUGCAAAUAACAAUGCCCAUGGAAGAAGUUAAGGGCAUGAGUAGAUUGUCAUUAAUGAGAACAGUCGAAAGUUGGCUGGGGAAAGAAAGAGACGAGGAGAGAAGGAGAAAGAAAGAGAGAAUGGCAUGUGAUCUUCUAGAAUUUGACAAACAAAUUGAAGGAAGUCAUGUGACUGGUGAUCCAGCCCGUGCUGCUGUUCAUGCAAUCAACAAUGGGUAGGCAGCAAGACGGUUGCAUUCCACCAUUGCCGGUGAAGAGAACCAGCUCAAAUAGUGUUAUGAGGUUAUAGAUCAAUUCAACACAAGGAAAUGUCCCAAAGUUGAUGCAUUGCUCGUAAAAAGUAGUUUUAAAAAUCAACCAGACUAUAUGCAAUGCUUAGGCUCCCAUCAUAUUAGGUGGUCAAUCCUACCAAUUUACCAAAUAUCACAUUGCAAUUUACUGUUGUCGACUGAUUCAAUUAAAAUCAAAUAAUUUGUAAUC